AUGCUACGCCAGAGGUUAUCGUCGACCUGCAAUCAAUGCAGGUCACGCAAAGUCCGCUGUCUAAAGCCAAAAGGAAGCGGUCCCGAUGCAAAAUGCCAGAACUGCCAGAAACGAGGUGACAAAUGCGUGUUUCAAGCAUACCGAAGAAAGUUUCGGGAUACUGCCAAUCUCUCCCCGAGCGUGACUCCUUCUCGCGACAAGGCGGAUGAUAUUGGCUCCCCCGAGUAUCUGUCUAAGCUAGACGAGUGUGAUCUAUCCACGGGUACUCAAAGUAUUCUAGCACAAGAUUCUCCUGAUCCAUUACCUCUCUACGUGGACCAGCUCAUCGAAGACCAUCGCGUCCCCGGGAGGACUCGCUACCUGGAGACGAUUGUCACGCAUCAUGAUAGCUACAUUGGGAGUGCAAGUAUCGGGUACUUUUCUGAAAGUCGCAUAAGGGCACUUACUAAUCGCUUGGGCCAUACCGGAGUUGAGUGCCUACUGAAUCGAAUUUCCGCCGUGGUGAAUGAUCGCUAUGAACGUCACCAUGAACAGAAGGGACCGGCCACCGACAAACUAUGGCAGAAACCCGAAAACUUACCUGUAGUGGAGGAGGCUACGAUGAGGCUUUAUGUUAACUCAUAUUUCAGCCAGAUUCAUCCGGUCUACCCGUUUCUUGAUCCAGUAAAAUUUGAACAAAGAAUAUCGAGCGCCAGUUUAGCUGCGGAUAUUGCAGGCGAUAUCCACUGGUCUGCCUUGUAUCAUACCGUCCUGGCUUUGGGUUGCCAGUACCAUGAUGGCGGUUCCUUCGAGCCUGGAAAGGGGAACAGCUGGAAGCUCUACCAAGUAGCCUUGGGAUUUGCUUCCGACAUAUUUAUCGGAGCCGAAUGCCUGGGUGGAUUACAGGCAAUCACUGCAAUGGCAAUCUUUGCACUCAACUUUUCUUACAUGCACCUGGACUCUCUUUUCAUCAAGCAGGCUGCUUGUGUAGCACAGCGUAUGAGAUUGAACGCAGCGUCAGAUGCAGCAGACAAACACACCCGAUAUCGAACUUUCUGGGUCAUUUACGCCUUGGAGAAAAUGCUUUCUUUCCAUCACGGCAACACCUCGGUGAUUAUGGACUCCGACAUAGGAUGCCCAGUUCCUACCAUUCCGGAGUCUGUGUUUGGUGACUAUAAUUGGCUGACUGCAGCUGCUGGUCUUGCUCGCUUUCUAUCAAGAGCAUACGAGUCUCUAUUUUCAAUUAGUGCAACGUGGAAUACAGAGGCAUCUUACUACCGGAAGAUAGACACCAUGAACAGCCUACUCGAACGGUGGCGGCAAUCUAUACCGAUAACCUUUCGGCCCGGGGAGCCUUUCCGGGCACAAUCGUUCCACGGCUCCUGUGAGACAUUUAUUGCUCUGCAGACCCAUUUUUAUUACCAUAAUGCGUGUAUCGCGCUGUGCCGCUUAACCUUGCACCUGGGACGGUAUUCCGAUGGCCCUCGGCAGGUAGCCGCCAGAAAGGCUAUCAUGCAAGCGGCGCGAUCUAUCAUCGAGUUACUGCGGUAUAUUGACAUGGAGGCUUACACACCAGUUUACAUUCUUGCUCAUCUACCCUUAUCAGCGUUAUUUAUCCUCUUCGACCUCGUUAUUCACAACCCAACGCACCCAGAAACGGCUAGCAACCUUGCUCUGCUGGAAGUAGCUGGGGGCCACUUUAGUAGGCUCGAGUAUGCUACCGGCGGUUCACUACCAAGCUCUGUGCUUGCAGAGUUUGCAUAUAUUGCUCGGAAUUUCGUCCGCACUUAUCGCGCGGAAGGGAAUGAUAGAAGUAACAUCCCAGUGCCGACCAAUGCGGCCAAUGAUCCGCUGAGCAGGCAAGAUGAUAGCCCUCCUUCAGCCGUGCCUUUUCUAGGAAAUGAGACGCAUGACUACCGACCGCCCUUGGCCAGCCCAGACACUCUUCCGUUGUUCUUUCCUGCUAUCGACGACUUGGAUGCCGGGGAUGGGUCUCUGACUGGGUUCGACGUAACGGACCUGUUCGGAACUUCCAUUCCGUUUGACCAGAAUCUACCUUUCUGA